AUGCCACAAUAUUGUGUCGAUUGUAAAAAAAUUGGCCAUGAUCAUGAUUCCUGUCGACGCAAUACAAAAGCAUCAUCAUCUAAAAAAGCUAGAGUCGCAGCCUUCAAUUCAUCAAUCAAAGCAACAUCAUUGAUGAAUCCUCCUCCUUCUACUGUUGUGCUGAGUCCUUUGCUACAAGUUUCCGCCCCUACGGGAGAACAACCAGUGGCUGAAGAUGUGUCUCCGAAUUCACAAACACAUGUCAUCACCUUGCUCCCUGCGAGAACCCUAGAGGGAUUGACCUCUGGAUUGAAAGCGACAGAGAAAAUUGGCAUUCCAAUAGAUGCCCCAGACAGUCCCUUGAUCUCAGAAAAAGGAGUAGACGCUCCAGAAGAUUUUCUGGUAGCUCAGGCUGUUAUUGAGCCUCCUCAAAAGGGUAUAUUUUGUCAUAUUGAUGUUACAAUUAAGGAUGAUGGAAGAUUGAAGCCAAAAUGUGGUUCGCGUCAAGCUAGAACCAAGUCGACAAUGAAGUUGAAAGAAUCACGUCGACAUGAUGGUCAAGCAAAGGAGAUAGACGAGAAAGAUGACAAGAUACGCAACUAUGAUUUAGUCAAGAAGAAGAAAUCAAUAAAGAAGAAUGAUGUGGACAUCCAAGGUUAUCAAGCUCAAGGACAACUCGUUGUUCAACUGAAAAAUUAA